AUGGUACUAGGUAGUAGUCAGAUACUUGCCCACUAUGAGACCCUAAUACCCGCCUCAGCCCACGCACUCAAAAAGGAAGCAUCAAAUCUAUCCCAAAAGGCCGGAGAACUAUCCACUAAGGCCCUAGCACUCAAAAAUGGAGUCGAAGCUAAUAAUGCUGAAGCCGCUAAGGUUCUGAAGGCCAAGGCUGGCAAAGAACAAGAGGAAGGCAAGUUGAGGAAACUGGCAGAAACUCUUCACACCGCGGCCCAUGCCCUACACAAUGCAGUAGGUGGUAAAGAUAGUAGUAAGGCCAGCGGUCUGGCCGCUGCAGUAGGCGCCGAUGAAACCAGUGAUACUGGUAAACUCCGAUCCAACCUAAAGACACUCGCCGAAGCUACUGGUACUGGUACUGGUCUAACUGGUUCGGCCCAGGCUGUCACGGACCAAUACACCCAAGUAGAAAGUAAAUUCAGCGAUGUCCAGACUCAAAAUACUUCACAAAAAUACGACAGUUACCAAUCUAAGUACAAAGCCGUAGUGGAUGCCUGGGAAGCCUUCAAUGCAGUAUAUAAGGCUGAAGAUAAUCUCUACAACGCCCUCAACAGUGGUAGUGUUGCCAGCAAUCUACAACAAUCACUGUCCGAACUCAGUAGUGCCAAUGCUGGAGAUUUCCUAGAUGUAUGCUCUCAGGCCUCUGAUGCACUCAAAAAGUACAACGCCCUAACGGAGGCCAUCGAAAAACCCUAUGACAAGUUAGAGGCUGUCAAGAAGUUCGAAACCGCGUACAAAAGCACAACAGGCAAUAUCAAAACCAAUUACGAAUCCAUUGUCAAUAACCUCACAGAUCUCAAGAAUGGGUUCACUGACGCACUUCGUAUCAAUAAGUUUUGGAUAAUAGUUUGGCCAUCAGUCAUAGCCCAGUGGCUUAAUUUCUUAACAUACUUGAUACUUCUUAUUGUCUAUGUUCCUGGAGACAGUGGUCAUCUAACAAUGUUCUACUGGGUGAUUGCUAUAUCUGGAUUUGUGUUUGGUUUCUGCAACGUCACUGUGUUUGCUAUUGAUGUUAAUUAUUUGCCCAUCUACAUAGCUGGAGAAAAUUGUUUUCCAGCUACCACUUCUCUGAUCCACUACCUAAGUAGUCUGAUGUUUGGUAACAGAAGGAAGUGGAACAGUGACUUUCUGAUGGUCUACAUAGACCUAGUGGUAGCCAUCCUGAUAUCCUUUGCAGCUGCUGCCAUGUGGACCUUAGCCUAUCUGUCAAGUCACGCAAAGAAACAAGAUAAAUCUACUCCUGAUUUUUUUUGGCACAUUAAUCCUCCAGGUGGCUACCAAGGCGAAAUUGUUGAUCCUAAAACCUUUAUGCCAUUCCUCAUGGUCCUUGUCGGAAUGGGACUGGUCUACUGCAUAUAUCCAGCCAUAGCUCCGGGAAUGAUUGUUCCAUUUUACCUCGUGGAUAAGAUUGAGAUGGUUCUGUUGAUAGCUACCAUAUUUCCACCUCUCAUUGUAGCCAUAGUUACCAAAUACAAGUUUGGCUGGUCACCUAAGGCAGCAUGGACAGACAACUCUAAAGAUUUUUUUCCUGGUUCUCCAUGUAACUAUAUGUGGCAUUUCUUUGACCUAGUGAUUCCUACCAUGAUCAUUUUAGCCUAUUUAUUUAUUUACUCACUGCAUUACAGAGACUCAUCAGUUGCCAGAUCAAUCAUCAAUCAACCCAAAAUGUCUACAUGUCUAACCAUUCUAUUCUAUAUGUGUCAUGAGAUCUCAUUGGCUGUAGGAUUUCCAGGUAUCUUUGGUGGUAAUGGAGGUGGUAGCAUAUUGGCCCUUACGGCUCAGCUGAUAGGUGCAUUUCUGAUGUGUCUGUUAGCUCCAUAUUCUGAAGGUUACAUUAUUGAGUAUAAGAGACAUGAUCCUAGCAAUUGGCCUACAGCAGGAAUGACUAGGUGGAAUGCCCUUAGGUACUGGACCAAAAUGGCCUCCAAGAACUGCAAUAAGAACCUAGCAGCAUUGUUCACCAAGGACCUGAGAAGAGACCUGCUACUCUGCAUAGAAAGAAAUGAGCUAAUCUAA